GCAGCUGGCGAACUCCACCAAAGAAUCGACAACAGGGGAAAAUACGAAAGCAGCUGCUGCUUGUUCGGCUUUUACAGACAUCCUGUGGCACGCGAAAGGGUGGAAAACCUGUUCCAGAGUGACCAAGAGAGGAAGGAAAGGAGAGAAGGGAAGCAAUGGAGUUCUUCUGACAACCUGUUCUGUGUGGAAGCUGUGAGCGCAUCUGUGUAUAAGUCUCUCUCUCUCUCUCUCUCUCUCUCUCUCUCUCUCUCUCUCUCUCUCUUUUCACAGACAGAGGCGAUCGUUCUCAGUCUGCGCACAUAUUCCACUUGGCCAGCAUCACUUGGAGCCCACAGACACAGCGCUGAUUGAACGAGCGGAAGGGAGCUCAUUUUCAGAGCGCAUGAUUGUGUUAGAGGGGUCUUCACUAGACUGUCACCGGGCAGAAGGAGAGACAGUAAAGCCAUCCCAACCACGCCUUUCAGAGUAGCCUAAAUAAUCCACACAAGUGCAGACUGGGUGUGUAGGAUUCUCCCCCAACUGGUCUGGGUUGAGUGUUUUGUUUUUUGUUGGAGGAAAAGUGAUUCUUACUUCCAUCUUUGGGAGGAGAGACUCUGUGGAAUCGAGCAGCGGUGAGACUCCGCUGACCGCCUCUCAGUGCGUAAAAUAAAAGUUUAGCACACCGAGGAGAUUAUUUCAGAGGUCUGGGAGCUCGGCAAACUCCACAUUAUACUCUACGGGAAUUGUUAAAAGCUCCAAUUGGACGCUCACUGGAGGAGGAUAUAUAACUUUUCAACUGGUUUUGUGGAGAGGCACGGAGGCGGGUUGACCGAACGGAGAGCGGAGGAAUCCUCGUUGCUGAGCCGGGAGCAGUGCGCUCUGCGCCGGGGAGCAGACUGACCCAAAGGACGGCACCUCGGAGACAAGGUUAUGACGGAACUGAGCUGAACAUGGAGCUUUUCUGGAUUUUGUUAUUUUCUAGUGUUUCUCCGCUUGCCUGGGGCCAAGGAGUUUACGCUCCAGCCAACGCCCAGAUCGUGCAUUCAGGCGCCGCGUGUAACGUCAAGGAUGAUAACAUCAGCGAGAGAAUCUACACCAUCAAAGAAGGAGACACACUAGUGCUUCAGUGUAUUGUUAAAGGACACCCGCGGCCACAGGUACGGUGGACAAAGACGGCAGGCAGUGCUUCAGACAAGUUCCAGGAAACAUCCAUCUACAACGAGACGCUACGCAUCGAGGGCAUCCAGAGGGUGCAGGGGGGUCGCUACUACUGCAAGGCCGACAACGGGGUGGGGGUGGCUGCCAUCAAGUCCAUCCGCGUAGAUGUGCAGUACCUUGACACACCAGUUCUGACGGUGCACCAGACCAUCAGCGAUGUGCGCGGCAGCUACUACCAGGAGAAGACGGUGUUCCUGCGCUGCACCGUCAACUCCAACCCUCCCGCGCGAUUCAUCUGGAAACGAGGGAAUGUGCUCAUCGAACAGAGCAAGGACAAUGGAGUGGACAUCUACGAGCCUCUUUACACUCAGGGUGAGACCAAGGUGCUGAAGCUGAAAAACUUAAGACCCAAGGACUUUGCUGAUUAUACCUGCCAGGUGUCUGUGCGCAAUGUGUGCAACAUCGAAGAUAAGUCCAUCACCUUCAGGCUCACAAAUGCCACAAGCCCCCCCAUGAUCCGGCUGUCGGUCAAUGACACGGUGGUGGUGGAUCCUGGGCAGGACGUGCUCCUGACCUGUGAGGUGACGGCAGGUUUCCCUCAGCCCAACGUGACGUGGACGCGUUACCCCGGCCCUCUUCCCCUCAGCGCCCUGGUUCGAGAGUCGACACUGAUUUUGCGAGCCGUCACCCCAGCAGACGCAGGCUUCUACAACUGCACAGCUGUCAACAACGUGGGCAACCCUGCUCGCAAGAAUGUCAAUCUUGUUGUCAGGACAAUGAGCAACCUGACUUUCCAAAUUACACCAGACUCCAACAAAGACAGUGAGACCAUCCAAAUGGGUCGAGACCUCAAGCUGUCAUGCCACGUUGAUGCCACUCCACAGGAGAAAGUCAACUACACCUGGUACAAGAACGGUGCGCCGGUCUACAACUCAGAGACCCUGAUUUUACUGCGCAGCGACCCGGACAUGGCACCCGGCACCAGUAGCUUGGAGAUUGUAGACAUGAAGUUCAGAGACUUGGCUACUUACAGCUGUGUGGCCAACUUCCCAGGCAGCAGAGUGCCCGAGCUUCGUGUGGAUGUCAACAUCUCUCAGAGCAGUGUGUCUCCUCCAGUGCUGUCAGUUCCACCAGGAGGUCAGAUUGUAAGUGUGCGAGAAGGAGGUAAUGUGGAGUUGGUGUGCUUAGUAGCAGAUGGAAAACCACGUCCCCCUAUACUGUGGUCGCGGAUAGAGAAGGACCUGCUCAUGCCAUCAGGGCGACCCAUAGUGGAGACGCCUGAUGGCCGAUUGAGGCUAAGGAACGUCAGCCGGGACAUGAUGGGGGCGUAUCGGUGCCAGACCGCUCCAUACAACGGGCUGAACAUCAAACGCAGAGAGGCACAGGUCCAACUCAAUGUGCAGUAUCCUCCCAUCCUGGACCCAGUCUUUCAGGAUGUGCGCUCCAGGAACUAUCAGAUGGUGACCCUGAGGUGUACGGUCCUGCGGUCAAACCCUCCUCGCUUGACGGACAUUCGGUGGUUUCGUAAUGGCGACUUCAUACGUAUGCCAAUGCCAGACCUGAAGGAGGUGCCGGAGCUGAAGUUCAAAUUGGAACCAACCAACAAUGGCUCUUAUGAGUGCCGAGUCAGCAACAGUGCAGGGACGUCAACGUGCACCUUUAAUGUCACUGCACAGCCCUACAAUGCUGAGUUUUACUUUGACACACCCAACCCAGUCCGGAUUCUGAAAGGAAACAACUACUCCUACACCCUGCAGUGGACACAGAGAGAUCCGGAGGCCACAGACCGCAUCAUAGGCUACUGGGUUAAUGUCCGAAAGAACAAGCAGAACUUGCUGUCAAAGCAGAUAGACCUUAAGGGAAAGGAGCCAGAAAAGGGUGUGCUGAUGUCCCACACAAUAUCAGACCUGAGAAUCCCUCUCUCCUAUGAGGUCCGACUGGCUCCCAUCACCACCUACAGCACUGGGGACUAUGUCAGCAGAAUCAUUCAGUACUCAGAACCUUACACCUACCCAAGACCUUCAGACCAUGUGUGUGGUUUUGAGGAUGAGCGGAUUUGUGGUUUCUCUCAAGACCGGAGUGAUGUUUUUGACUGGACGAGACAGAAUCAUCUGACGCAAAAUCCCAAGCGAUCUGCCAACACCGGGCCAGAGACUGAUCGCAGCGGAACAAAAGAGGGGUACUACAUGUACAUUGAAGCAUCACGUCCACGUGUUAAGGGGGACAAGGCUCGUCUACUGUCUCCACUGUUUAAUGUGUCCUCAAACAGAGGCCCCAAGGGCUCCGGCAGAGUCCCAUAUUGCGUCUCCUUCUACUAUCACAUGAAGGGCAAGCACAUUGGCACCCUUAAUGUACUCCUGCGAGUCAGAAGCAUCGCCUCUGUGGACUCAGUGAUAUGGACAAAGUCUGGUCAUCAGGGCCCAGACUGGAAGAAAGCGUUCUUUGACAUCAGCCCCAGUGGACCCUUCCAGAUUGUGUUUGAAGGAAUUCGAGGCCCGAGUUUUGAGGGGGAUAUCGCCAUUGACGACGUGUCCAUCACCAUAGGAAAGUGCAAACAAGAGAACACUGUAGCCAACGCAGGUAAGACAGUUCUGAUCGGGGGAUCACACUCACUCCAACUGGCAAACUGGCUGACCUUUGGCCUCUGCUGCUUCCUGUCACUACUCUACAGAUGAUGAGCACUUCCCACAGCGCCGAUGCCUGUCUGUGCUGACAGACACAGCUCUGUCUUGCACUUUUACUUCUCUCUCUCCCCUUCUCCUUUCCUUUGUCGACCUGUCCCCUUACCUAUCCGUCCUCUUCACUUAUUGUCUUUCUAUUCCCUCUUGCAUCAAUUUCAUCCUUCUUGCUUAGAUAAGGCAGAAACACAGUCUUUGUCUAGUUUCUUGUCCUCUGCUUUCUUUGAACAGUUCCCACACCUAGACACUCAGUAUAACCAACUGAUGCUCAUCAUAUUUAAUGAUCUUUGACCGUCAAACUUGACAUUCUUUUCUUUGUCACUCGAUAAGAUUCACUUUAUCCAUGUCAGCGUGUCACGUUGUUGUCCUUUUCCCCCUCCUUCAUCAACCUUCUUCGUCCAUACGUGCACCCGUCGUGUAUCUCCACCCCCUUGAACCGCUAUCCUUGAUGGCCCCUCCACCCUAUUCCCGAGACACACCAAAGUGUCGGACACUCUACCAAAGAUGACGAAGGACCUGAGGGAAUAAAAUGAGGGAACAGGGAUUCCAGGAAGAAAGUGAAAGCGAGAGAGAAAGCGGUUUCAAAACCUUUUUCACAAAGACUGUCUCCCUUCCAUCCUUGCUGUUGGGAUCACGGGAGCUCCUGAGCGACAAAGACAGAUGGGAAUAAAAACUGAUGAAUGAAUGAUUGAAUUAACAAGUGAAUAGUUGAGGAAAGGACAAACCAGAAACAGAGAAUAAAUGAAGGGUGCCCCUGGUUGCCUCUCUGCUUGCCACAAGAGACAAACCUCAGUGCGGAUUAUACGUGUACAUUUAUCUAUAUAUAUAUUAAAUAUAACAAAGUUUAAACUAAAACACAACUAGGACAGUGGAGGACUUUACAAAGUGAAAUUAAAGAAGCACAACGUUUAUACAACCUCUGCUGUUCCUUUGGGUUUUAUUCUACUUAUUAUGUGAUGUUGCAAUUUGUCAGACCUAUUCAAUGUUUUUGAUAUUUUGCUUUUUUUUUUUUUUUGUCUUGUUUUGUUUUAUUAUGGCAUCAUAAGGGUCAAGGGCAGUGGGUAAUAAAAUAUUCUAUUCAUAUUUAUGAGAGCUAGAGAGGAUGAUUUGUGAUCCAGAGCCUGAUUUGAGCAUGUUGGAGGGAAAGAUGACCCAAGCCAUCAGGAUAGAAACCUCAACUUUCCUUCACACAUAUAGCACUGAAUGCACACACACACAUACACGCAGGAAUACACAGAAAUGCAGUUUUCCUUACAGGCAUCACAGUCAGCCUCUCAGCUCACCCUCUGUCUGAAUGGCACAGAGGAAACACCAAGUAUGGUAGCAGCAACUUUGACAUUUCUGCUUACAUUUUCAUUAACUUCCUGUCACUGGACAUAUGACUCAGAUGGCUGGAUCGAUCAACCACAAGAGAAUAGCCGGACAUGUGAAGUAAAGCUACAGCAAGCAGAAAAUAGUAUGGAAUAAGUUCCAGCACUUCUUUCUCCACAGGCUGUUGAAUACCAUUUAUGGAUCUCUCAUUCAACGCCGAGUAAAAGAUGGAGGAGAUUGUCAGUGUCUGCAGUGAGGAUUGCAUAUCAGAUUCUUUCAGUGUUUAAUUCCUGUUGAAUGUCUACUGUAAAAAAAAAAAAAAAAAAGUUUUCAUAAUCUCAUUGAUAUGAUUGUUAAAGUUAAGCAAUACUCAUAUCUACAGAUAUAGAUAAACAACUUUUUGAUUGCAUUUACAAAAGAAGUUCAGAGUGCAGAGAUACCACCUUGUUCAAAGCACAUCAUACAAGUUACAUCGCUCGUCUCGUACUUUGUCCGUGUCAUGUCACAUUAAGUUGUUCAUUUCACUUGUUUUUAAUUUACUUUUUUGUCUGUUUGCUUUCUUUAUUGUGGUCACUUAAAAAUGUAUUGUUGGUUUUUCAGUCAUAAAUAGUACAUAACAUGUAGAAAUGAUGUGCCUAUUUGACUUGCCCAGUCUGGUGUGGGUGGCACUUUCCAUGCUUGCACAGGUUGUUUGUGGAACGUCACAAUGUGUAACUGCUGCAAAGUUGUGUAACGCACGUCGGGCAAAUCUGUGAAAUGUCACAGAAAGCAGUGUAUGAUAUGAACAUAGAAACCCUUUGAAACUUACUGCAAGAAAACCUUCAAUAUUUGAAAAUUGCUCCCUUUUCUUCGCUUUAUCAUCAAACAUUAACUUUGAUCUGAUGGUUGCACCUGAUGGGAGCUUGCACUUGAAUGAUAAAAAGAUAUUUUAGGUGAAUUUGACAUAUUUUCUUGUGAAAGCCACUUGUUCACUCUGCAAGGGGCCUAAGUGUUUUCAACUUUUGAUAAUGUCUGCAAAAACACAACAUUGCAGGAAAGUGUUUGGUUUUAGACAUACAUUUGCAAUGCCUCCAAUUUCCCCACCUUAUAUGACUAAAGGGAAUUGGUUACACGGGGCAUUUAUAUCAGCUUAAGUUGUACAGUAUCAUAAGCAUUAUCCAGCACAAUAGCAGUACACCAUAGGUCAGUCCUUUAACCGUGCAGUAGUAAAUACAUUUUAGACAUAUUAUUACGCAUUGAUGUGCAUGGCAUUUCAUCAUGCUGUCAGAGCCUUCCUCACAUUGCCUCAUAUUUCAGAGGUAAAAAUAACAGGGGAAGCACUCUCUUUUUGUUAUCAUUGCAUUUGGACAUGUGACAACUGCAAAUUAAUGAUGGAAACAUGAUGCUUUGUCUGUAACCUUUGUCAUAUUUCUCACUAUGACACACACACUUUUCCUUUUCAUUCAGCGUUAUGUGACAACUUAUAGCUCAAGUUUAAAGAGGAAGGCGUUGUAUUAAUGCUCCCACAUGACAACAGAUUAUUAAAACAUGAGGUACACAUGUGCAAAACACAAUUAAUCCAACCCAUUGCUUGCAAAGUGGUUCUAUUACUGUGUCAUGCUGACUUAUUGAACAGCAAUUUGUCACUUUUUAUUAAAAUAUGCGGCAAUAGAACAGUGUUGGAAAGUAACACAAACUGUAUCCAUCUACUCUUGUAUGAUAGAACAGCAUUUUAUGAUUAUUGUUUUGUAAGUCAGACAUACACAACAACAUAACACAAUAAUUCUUCCGAAAGUGGCACACAGCGAUCAGCUUGGAGAAAUAACAUGCAGGACCUGAUUCCCGUUUACUUGACCGUUUAAAUGGGAAAUGUUGUGUUCAGCAGAAUGUAAAUGAAACCACUGUCUUUCUGUUUCUGUUUUGUUGUGAUACACACCAUUGAACGAAUGGUUUAGUAAUUGCAAUUUUACAAUCCUUAACAUGUAAUCAAACCUGUAGCAGCACAUGUUGUUCCUGUUAGAUCACAGCCAGAUACAAAGAGAGGUUUGCAUAUAUCUUCCAUAAUAAAAUCACAUGCUGAAAGUAUCACUUCUAAUUCAAGUGAUAUUCAUUAUUUCAGUGUGAUCAGAAUCCUUUGAUUCAUUUGUUGCAAAAUGAAAUCUGUCAAUUCAAUGAUUUUUUUUUUUAAAAAGAGAGAAUUUAGUGAAACUGAGUGAUAUUUUUUGAGAAUAUUAAAAGUCCCUCUAGAUGUAUUUAACAGUAAAAACAGCAUAAAUAAAUCCAAAAACCUCAAUAAAAUAGUUACAGUCUUACUAUUAGGAUACUCUGAUUGCUCAAAUGUGAAAGCGCCUUACAGUACACUGGGUGAACUGAAGGCACCUCCACGAUUAGCUGAGGUAAUUUCAAAUUCAUUUCUAAAUUAUUCAAAGAAAGCCAAACCAAAGACAUCACAACUUAAUAUGUAUGCAUUCCAAUAUAUAUUUCAGUUCCAGCCCUCCAGCGUAGUCAGUGAAGCGCCGGUGCUCACUGUAAUCUUCCCAAAAUUGCAGGAAUCUAGGAGUUUGUUUGUGUCCAUUGAAUGGUCAUUUCCACUUUCUGUUCGCAGCAUGUUCGCUCAUCUCUUUACUUAACCGCUGCAGAGCUGCACAUGUACACACACAGACAGACACAAACACACACUUACACGUAGAUUCCUGCCACCGUGCAGGCAAAUAAUAACAACUGGAACAACAAACUGACUGUUAAUCUUCCACCUACAGUAAACUUUCUUUACUGUCUUGAAAUGGUUUAAAUGGAAGUUCAAGAGACGGUAUGGAGGGGAAGUACUCAGCCUUUUGUCUUGACCUUAACUGCAAACUGCCAGUACACUGAGUGAUUGAGUGGUGACAGUAUUCCUCCUGGCACAGAAAAAUAUAAAGAGGUAUAUGCUCAAAAAUUACUCUCUAUUUUCUGUGGGAAAUAUGAGUUACAGUAAAAUAAUCACCACCUACAUGCUGGUAACACUUGGUUGAUUCUUCCAUGUCAUGUUACUUAUUUGGGUGUUACAGCCUUGGUUUACAAACCAGAAUGAACAUUUCCACUAAAUACUGUGACCCUUGCCUGAUUUCCCAAAAGAAGGAUCAAGACUGUGUUCAUUUGUUUUACAAAACCAUUGUUUCAAUUUAGUGUUAAAUUAAGUGUGCUUUCCCCGAGUACAAUUCAACAAAUACAAAUUGAUCAGCAUUUGGUUCACACACACACAAACACUCCUAAGUCCACAGGUAACUGUUUCUGUGUCCCAGUGGACUUUCUGACAUUUGACCAACACAUAACAGUGUCUCUGUGCAGUGUUCUAUGGCAGCAAAGCAAGCAGCUUCAAAGUGAUAAGCCUUAAAAUCUUAUAGAUCACUUUUUUUAUAACACCGGACUGUUGUAACCCACUGUGACAAGUAUUGUUUUUUGCAUUGAGUAAGUUUUGGGAAACAGUGCACUGGUCACAGUGGUAGUACUCAUACUGACUGUCAGGUUUUACAGCAUACUGCAGUCAAUGUAUUGAUCCAUUUUGGGACAAAAGAUGUGAAAUGCACCUUUAAUGAGGAGAAGAAAGGAGAAGGGUAGCAAACAGUGCUGCGUGUUGUAUAUCUCUGUCAUGUACUUAAGUAUUUUAGAGGAAGAAUAUAUUUGAAAUAUGACUCUGAAAGGUACAAAUAAACAUUAAUGAAACAA